AUAAAAACCCCGAAGGAGGAAGAAGGAGAAGAACAGGAACGAUCUCCAUUUUCUCUCUGCAACAUCAAAGCCACCGCUCUCUUCAAAUCAGAUCGACCGAUCGAUCUCACACCCGCCGCCGAUUCACAGGCCAGAAGCUCCGAUCGCCGCCGGCGUGCCCUUCCUUCCGGCUCCCACCUGAUCUUUUCCCGUACCGGCCCCCCCGUUCUCGCAAUGUGUGGAGGUGCCAUCAUCUCCGAUUUCAUCCCCAACCCGAGGUCCCGCAGGUUGACUGCGGACUUCCUGUGGCCCGAUCUGAAGCGGUCGUCGUCGCUGUCGUCGGGCGGCAAGAAGCAGCAGUCGAGGAGACAGGCCAAGUCGGAGCUCAUCGACGUCGUGGACGAUGACUUCGAGGCCGAUUUCCAGGGCUUCAACGACGACUCCGAGGUCGAGGACGAUCUCGACGACGAGGUCGAGGUCGUCGACGUCAAGCCCUUCGCUUUCUCGGCCACCGCUUCCAAGCCCCGAAGCUCCAGCGGCUCUUCAACCACCAAAACUGUGGAGUAUAAUGGGCAAGCUGAGAAAUCUGCCAAGAGAAAGAGGAAGAACCAAUAUAGGGGAAUCAGGCAGCGUCCAUGGGGCAAAUGGGCUGCUGAGAUCCGUGACCCAAGGAAAGGGGUUCGAGUUUGGCUUGGGACAUUCAACACAGCAGAAGAAGCUGCCCGAGCUUAUGAUGCUGAGGCUCGGAGGAUUCGUGGCAAGAAAGCUAAAGUGAACUUCCCUGAUGAUUCUUCCAACUCAUCGUCAAAACGCUCUGUGAAGUCAAAUGCUCAGAAACUUCCUAAGACAACAACAAGCAACGCACAGCCAAAUCCGAAUCAAAAUUUCAAUUAUGCGAACAGCUCUGAUGAGGACAUUUACAGUUCCAUGGGUUUCGUUGAAGAAAAACCACUUACUAACCAAUUUGGAUACAUGGAUGCUUUUAAUGCCCAAGGGGUUUCUGGACCGGAAUCUCUUGCUCCUGCUGACAAUGCCCCCUUGUACUUCAAUUCAGACCAGGGAAGCAACUCAUUUGAUUGUUCUGACUUCGGUUGGGGUGAAAAUGGCCCAAAAACUCCGGAUGUCUCAUCUGUACUUUCAGCUACUCUGGAAAUUGAUGAAUCUCAGUUUGAGGAUGCUAACCCAAAGAAGAGAUUCAAGCCUGCUUCUGAAGACAUUGUGUCUGAUGAAGAAAACGCUGCUGCAAAGACAUUCUCCGAGGAGCUGUCUGCUUUUGAAUCCCAGAUGAAGUUCUUACAGAUGCCAUUUUUGGAGGGUGGCUGGGAUCCGUCAAUGGAAGCUUUACUUGGUGGAGAGGCGACUCAGGAUGGUGGAAAUGGAGUGGAUCUCUGGACCUUUGAUGACCUCGCCCCCAUGAUGGGGGGAGUCUUCUGAAAGGAGUUACCCUUGGCUGGUUUUGUAUGUAAAUAAAGCUACAUGUUAGAAUGAUUGUCUCCUUUGGUGGAGGAGUUCAAACGGUUGAGCAUGGUUAAGCCUCGGAUGAAGUGUGGUUUCUCAGGAAGAUAUGUGUUGUAUUGAAUUAUGCUGCUGACUAGGCUUCGUUUCAAUGUCAAGACCUUGUUAUUGGAAUUUUUGAACUUAUGUCUGUAAUUUGAUGAUUAUGUGUGAUAAAUGCUGAAACUCUGAUGACAGCAAAAAGCUUGUUCUGUUGGCCAGUGUGCUUCUCUCAAUAAUUGCCGGGGCCUGUGAUGAUUUUUGUGGCA